GUCUACUCUGGCUUCUUGCUCUCCAGCGUCCGGGUGUCACCGAGGCUGGGCAGCGGCCAGACGGAGGGCUGGAAAGCGCUACUUAGCUGAAAGGUGGUAUCGCAGCGGGGCUGAGGGACCGGCCCGUCCAGCUUCACGCCUGUUUAGACCUAAUAGUUUGAUUCCCACUGCCCUCUGUGUCAACACCGCACAGUUCCCCUGAUGUCGGAUUUCAAGCUCGGGAUUGUGCGGCUCGGCCGUGUGGCCGGGAAGACGAAAUACACCUUGAUUGAUGAGCAGGACAUACCCCUAGUGGAAAACUAUGCCUUUGAGGCUCGUAUGGAGGUAGAUGCUGAUGGCAACGGUGCAAAAAUCUUUGCUUACGCUUUUGAUAUCGGCAAAGGCCGCUGGGCUGGAAGGCCCCUGCAUGAGCUGCUGUGGGAGAAGCACAGAGGAGGCAUUGCUCCUACUUUUCAAGUUAUCCAUAUCAACUCUGUGACUGUGGACAACCGGCUAGACAACCUACGACUGGUACCGGUGGGCUGGAGCCCCAAGCCAGAAGAGAUUUCCAGCAAGCAGAGGGAGCAGUCCCUGUACUGGCUGGCCAUCCAGCAGGUCCCUGCUGAUCCUGUGGAGGAGCAGUACCUGGAGCUGAGCCGCACACGCUACUAUAAUGCUAAUGGGGAGCUAGUGGAGGAAGAGGAGUGUUCCUGUACAUACUAUGAGUGUCAUUAUCCCCCUUGUUCACUCAUUGAGAGGAGGUUGCGAGAGUUUAACAUCUGCGGGCGCUGCCAGGUGGCUCGAUACUGCGGCUCCCAGUGUCAGCAGAGGGACUGGCCUGCCCACAAGAAGCAGUGUCGCGAGCGCAAGCGGGUUCUGGCGCUGGAGUCGGAGCCAGAGCGGUGAUCAAUCGUCACCCUCGACUGCGAGAGGAGGGUCAACGAGGGGGGGUUAGAUUUGUGGGAGGUGGGGGGUAAACGUGAACUCGCUGAUAAGAGACUUAAUGACAGAAGACAAUGUUUGACUGAAAGUUUAUGGGCUAUUGACAUGGAGGACGGGGAAGAAGAACACAGAAAAGACAUCUGACGCUUCCCAGAACACUCAAUUCUCCAUAGCUUGCUUUUCAUGUGGAUUGCAGGGAAUUGUAUUUUUGUUUUGUUAUUUUUGUCUCUAUAGUUCUCAUGGAGGGAGAACUUUGAGCUCAACCUGCUGCUAUGGUUUUCUAAGUGAUGGAAGGGGUGAAAGUUCUCUGUGAAGAACUCGGCAAGCUUCUUGGGAUAACAGUCAAACGGAGCGUUCCCGUCAUCCUUUCGUUCCUCCUUCCUGCCGCUCCCGCUCGGCGGGACCAUGGGGCUAAAGGACCCGUCGCUCGGCUGGUACAACGGGACAUGGACCUUCUCACUGUAUCGCUCCCUCUCCACCCGCCCUCAUGCAAUUAAACAGCUGCUGCGUUUGUGAUCGUCCACACCCUAAACACCUUGUCCUGUCCUUCCCCUCAUGCAGAUUUCACCAAUUGGAUCACACUACCAGUAUUGAGUGUAUUUGUGUGUCUGAAUGCAAGUGGUUGUUUGCGUCUGUACUGCCAACGUGUGCUGAAGGACAUUAAAAAUGGUGGCUCGUCGGUCAGGUUCAUGUAUGUUGGGAUUUUUUUUAUUUUUUUUUGGUCUGAAAGGGGCCAUAUUACCCAAUUUUAAAUGUCCUAUUUAAUCAGAAAUUGGUGGUUUGAAAAAUAUUUUCACUGUUCUAGUAAAAAGACAAAUUAGCUGCCAAAAUAAAGGCUUAGUUUUCUAUUAAAACUUUUCCUGUUCAUUUUUGUUUUUAAUUGGUUGGAUUUGGCUUGUUUUUCCUUACUUAUCCCACCCAAUGCUGGAUGUUAGUGUUAUUUAUCUAAACUUUCCUGUCUUUGGAAACUUGCUUUUGCUCACACAGUCCUUUUUUUCUCCCCGUUUUUCCCUCUUUGAAGAAAAGCACUGAUGGAAGGAGAAAACACAUUUUUCAUGUUCUCACAAUUUGCAGGAAAUAUCUUGACCAAAGUCUGCCCUUGGCUUCUGUAGCUCAACACUCCUAACUGGUUCAAAUCCUUCCAGUAUGUCUGUUUGCUGGUUUUAGGCCCAUCUCCAGCCGUUCUUUUACAGUUUUAUGCUUUGUAUGGUUUAAUUGGCGAGGGUGCUCUUUUUUUUUUGUGUUUAUUUUUUUGAAGAAAUUUAUGGAGGUAUAUUUAUUAAAUGACUUGAUUGUGAAACCUGUUAAUAUUUGAAGGUAAUUAAGAAAUGGGACCUUUUCAGCUGGUUGUGCUUGGGUUGGGUUGAGUUCUUCCCUUUAUACGAUUUGUGUGAUUUCCUUAUGAGUCCUCCUCAGUGUUGCCCUUCCAUUUUUCCAGUGAAAACAUUGCACAAUGUCAUACUCACUAAAAUCUUCCAUAAAGGGGGGAUGCUUUAGGAGAGGUUUGAGUUGAAUUUCCUUCGACAGUAAAUUUUGAAGACUGGUUAUCGUCUGCCUUUUGUUUCCUACAGAACAAAAAGUGAACUGGUGGAUUUUAUUCUCAAUCGCCUGCCUUCUUGUGUUUCCUGCAAUGCACACCUCUUAAAUGUGUCCUUUUGUGUCUUAGACCAGGAGUCCGAACACUUGAGCAUGUGUUUCGCUCAUUUACAUUUAUUUUUUGUGUGUCGGGAUCUGAACAGGUUUUCAAUACUGCACUAAAAUUUGGUUCCUGCUGUUUGCUUUCAUUACAUUAAUGCAUUAAGGUAAUUUUGUUUUUGUUUUUCUUCCCAUUGUACAGAUUUCAUUGAAGAUUUUUUUUUUUAAAGAAAAUUCUGCAUUAAUCACCUAGAGAUAAAGAGCUACACUAUGUGAAAGGAAGUAGAGUUGGAGAUAAUUGCCAGUUGCUUUUCCAUUGUAAGAUGAUAAAAGUCAAAUAAACCUUGACUCUGUUCUAA